CUGUUGCUGGUGGCAAUGCACUAGGAUGAGAAGAAAGCAACAUCGGCGGGGAGACGUGUGGAUGAGACUCCUUGACUGCCCCCACCUUCACUAGCAGCGGCACCCACAAUGGGAGACGGACAUUCCUCUCUGGGUUGCCACAAUAAUAAAUCAACCGCAAUAAUAUUUGUCAACCCUGCGAACGGGGUAAGUCCAAGCCUGCCUCAUCAGCAAGACUUUUCUGAGCAGUGGGUGAUAGGCAUGGGCACAGUCAUGGCAAUCAUCGUCCUGAUCAUCGUGUUGGGAAACCUGCUAGUGGUUUAUGCCAUCGCAAAGAACCAGCGGCUCCAGACCCUAACCAAUGUUUUCAUUGUAUCUCUGGCCUGUGCAGAUCUGAUUAUGGGACUGUUGGUGGUCCCGCUCGGCGCGACCUUGGUGGUGCGAGGUAACUGGCUGUACGGCUCGGUUUUCUGCGAAAUGUGGACUUCUGUUGACGUGCUUUGUGUGACAGCCAGCAUCGAGACCCUGUGCGUGAUCGCCAUAGACCGUUACAUCGCCAUAACCUCUCCCUUCCGCUACCAGAAUUUGCUCACUAAGACCAGGGCGCGGGUGAUCGUGUGUGUGGUCUGGGCGAUCUCCGCGCUCAUCUCCUUGCUCCCCAUCAUGAUGCAUUGGUGGAGAGACGACGGGCCCGAUGCUAUCCGCUGUUACAACGACCCAUGUUGCUGCGACUUCGUGACCAACAAAGCCUACGCCGUUGCCUCAUCCAUUAUCUCCUUCUACUUGCCCCUGCUCAUCAUGAUCUUCGUCUAUGCCCGCGUCUUUCAAGAAGCCAAGAAGCAGAUGAAGAAGAUCGACAAGUGCGAGGGAAGGUUUUACACCAGUCACUUCAUUCCAAACGGCAGGGCAAACCGCAGGAGAUCAUCCAGGAUUAUAGCCAUCAGGGACCACAAGGCUCUGAAGACUCUGGGGAUUAUUAUGGGGACUUUCACUCUUUGCUGGCUGCCUUUCUUUCUGGCAAACGUGGUGAAGGCGUUCCGUCCCGACAUUGUGCCUGAAAAGCUAUUUCUGUUUCUCAACUGGCUGGGCUAUGUCAACUCCGGGUUCAACCCUAUCAUUUACUGCAAGAGUCCUGACUUCAGGGCGGCCUUUAAGAAGUUGCUCUUCUGCCCCAGUGCCGCCGACAGCAGACUGUACACGGGCUCUGGGGAAUUGUCCCGCUGCUCAGGAAUGUUCGGCAGUACUCUGGACCCCAGUAGCCUGGAGAUGUGGUCAGAGUGGAGCAGGGCGCGGGAGAGCAACGGGGGCGACGUGGACUCGCAGGACAACCUCCGCCAGGAAGACAAAGAGUCGCAGUUCUAGGACGCACCCGACCGACCCACAGAUUCGCAGCGAACGUAGUCUGCGAACACAAACCAGGUCCGAAACCCGGGAAGCCUUUAUGGUUGGAGAGGCGUCACCGCUGAGUCCAUCUGUACGCGACACAUCAUUGUAAAACGACCGCAGAAUCUUCACCACAGAUCUCUUCUUCAGCGUUCUCCCUCGGCAAUAUUAGAGGAGACAUUCAAAAGCACUUCAUGUCAACACUAAGAUUUGGACUUGGGUAAAGAAUCCAACAUUCUCAGCGGAGCAGGCAAUGGUGAUGGACGGUGAAGGAAGAGACUGGGCCAGUUUUGCUGUGAAAAUGAAUUUCCUUGGUUCAAUUACAUUCCACAGCGAAGGGAGAUUUCCGAUAAAGUCGAGACCCCCCCCCUGCCUUCCAAGUCGAUUGCCUUAACAUAGAUGGCCAUUGGACAGCAAAUACUGUACUCCUGUUGUGAUGUGGUCACUUUAAACAUUAUAGAAUAUGUGUAACAGAGCAACCACAAUCUUUAGUUUAAAAAACGACUUGACCACACUGGUCGGACUUUCUAAGGAGAUUUGAGAGAACUGCUCAGUAUAUCACAUUAUUCUCUGAACCCCUCUCCCUCCCCUCCACCCCAUCCUCGCCUUUAUAUCGUGCUGUACGCGAGCUUUGGAAGUAUCGAUGUUCAAGAAUGGAUGCUGCCAAAUUCAUGGUGAACCAACCUGCAACCUCAGUUAACAGUGCUCAAGAUGGAUGGAGAUAAGACUAUUACUUACAGUGCCCUCCAUAAUGUUUGGGACAAAGACCCAUCAUUUAUUUAUUUGCCUUUGUGCUCCACAAUUUGAGUUUU